GGGCGCCCGCGCGGCGGCCGGGAGCAGGGGGCGGGGCCAGGCCGGAGGGAGCGCAGAGAGCGCGCGCAAAUCCUGGAGAGGCUGGGGGAGGGCUUGUCUUCCGGAAGCGGUGGCUUCCCGGGCCACGAUCCGAGAGCUGCGGCUUGUCGGUCGCCUCUGCGUGAGGUGCCGGAAGCGAGCCGGUGACCCCAGGCACCCGUCAGAGCUCUUCAGAGAGAAGCUGGAGCUGCCCUAAGCCUGAUGGGAGGACCUGCUGGAGGCCGGUUUCCAAGACAGCGGAGGGAAGCCUGGCGGGCACACGCAUGCGUGGUAGGCUCCCUCCACGUGCGGCGGGGCCGCGGCCUCCGCGCGCUCGCAGGCCCCGCCCCCGGCCUCAGCAUCUUUCCGGGCGUGCGGAGCCGACGCCAUGGAAGGGGCGGGGGCUUCGCCGGGCGGCCCCGCCUCGGCGCCCUCCUAUUGGGCGUGGGCUAGGGCGCCCCUCCUCCCCGUCUUCUUAUUGGUGCGCGCUUGCAAGCCAGGCGCCCCAUUGGGCCGCGCGAAUUUGGGCACCAAAUUCAAAGAUUUUAAAAGUACCCAGCUGGCGCCUUUUAAGAGAGAGCGCUCUGCAAAGCAGGCGGCUGGCCCAGUUGCGCGGAUAGUUGUCCCUUCACUCUGAGGCGGACCCCCCCGUCCGCUGGGAUGAGCCGGAGCCCCUGCAGCUGCGUCGCACGGCCGCUCUCCUGCUCCUGCAGCGCCGUGACAGCCGCCGGGCGCCUUCGCCCCUCGGACGGUUGUAAAGAAGAAAGUUCCAUCUUACCUGUCAAAAUGAAGUGCGAUUUUAAUUGUAACCAUGUUCAUUCUGAGCUUACACUGGUAAAACCUGAUGACAGUGGAAGACAAGGUUCUUAUACUCCUGCUUUUUUGCAAGGUUCAUGUAAAGACUGCACUAAAGACUAUGAAAGGCUUUCAUAUAUUGGGUCUCCGAUUGUGAGCCCUAGAAUUGCAGAACUUGAAACCAAAAGCAAGCCCUUGCAUAACAAGGAAAAUCAACAUGUACAACAGACACUUAAUAGUUCAAAUGAAAUAGAAGAACAAGAGACCAGUAGAUUUUAUGAAGACAGUGGCUAUUCCUCAUUUUCUCAACAUAGUGGACUUGGUGAACAUGAAGAAGGUAGUCUUGCCCUGGAGGAAAAUUUCAGUCACAGUCCACAAUCCUGCCUGCUACAGAUGCAAAGCCCGGACCAAUAUCCCAACAAAAACUUGCUGCCUGUUCUUCAUUUUGAAAAAGUGGUUUGUUCAACAUUAAAAAAGAAUGCCAGACGAAAUCCUACAAUAGAUCGAGAGAUGCUGAAGGAAAUUAUAUCUAGUGGAAAUUUUCAACUACAAAAUUUAAUUGGCAGGAAAAUGGGCCUAGAUUGUGUAGAUAUCCUCAGUGAACUCUUUCGAAGGGGACUCAGACAUCUCUUAGCAAAUAUUUUGACACAGCUCAGUGACAUGGACUUAAUCAAUGUAUCUAAAGUGAGCACAACUUGGAAGAAAAUUCUAGAAGAUGAUAAAGGGGCAUUCCAGUUGUACAGUAAAGCAAUGCAAAAAGUUACUGAAAACAACAUAAAAUUUUCACCACAUGCUUCAACCAGAGAGUACGUUAUGUUCAGAACUGCAUUAGCUUCCAUUCAAAAAUCAGCAACCCAGACUCCUCCCCAGAAGAAUGUUCAAACCAAGUUAUCCAAUCAUGGUGAUCAGAAGGGUUCUGCUUACAGUCGACACAGUGAAUUCUCUGAGGUUGCUAAGACCUUGAAAAAGAAUGAGAGCCUCAAAGCCUGUAUUCGCUGUAAUUCACCUGCAAAAUAUGAUUGCUAUUUACAACGGGCAACGUGCAAACGAGAAGGCUGUGGAUUUGAUUAUUGUACAAGGUGUCUGUGCGAUUAUCAUACCACCAAAGACUGCUCAAACGGAAAACUCCUAAAAGCCAGCUGUAAAAUGGGUACUCUGCCUGGAACUAAAAAAAGCAAAAAGAAUUUACGAAGGUUGUGAUGUUUUAUAAAAUUAAUUGUAGCUGGCCAUGAGGGUUAGUUAGAAAACAGUUAGGUUUUAAUUUAAAAUAAAAAUAGUUGUAUGUGAUUCUCAGUUUUAUGGUGAAAUCAAUGUAGUAUCCAGGAUUUUCUCAGUGGAUAGAGAACAUACAGCCUUUUAAAAACAUUUUACAAUUUCAUGUGAAUGGGCUUAAAAUUCUCAGGACAAGUCAGGAAAUUAAAUAUUUUAGGAAGAACUAGAGUUCUGGUAUUUGUGAUUCAGAGGAUAAAAUUGAAUUUAUUAGAUUUUUAUGAUAAAGGAAGGCCAUGAGAUUUUACCUAGGCAGUCUUAAAACAUAAAUCUGGUCUACCAUCUAUUAGCAUUUGAGACAUUUUAUUUGAUUUACUGAGUUAAUGACAAUAGAAAUAUCAGUUUCUAGUGUGUGUUAAUUUAAAUGUUGUAUCAGCUUUCUUAAACCUUUUUCUCCAUGUGUAUAUUUUCCAAAAAUCCUUUGUAAAAAAAUCUUCCAGUUUUCCUUAUUUCUGAAGUCUGUUUUAAUGUUGGUGUAUAUGUAAAUAUUUUUGUAUUUUAUCUGUCAAAAUAAGAAACUGUCUUGUAUAUACAUAUAAUUUUAUUUCUGUAACAAAUAAAAUUCCUAUAUUUCAUAA